GUACGCGCCGUCGCCUCCGCCCCGUCGCGCGUCGGCCCUGGGGACUGGUGUUUCCCUACAGCUACCAUGAGCAAGCGGAACCAGGUGUCCUACGUGAAGCCGGCCGAGCCGGCGUUCCUGUCCCGCUUCAAGCAGCGGAUCGGCUACCAGGAAGGACCUACGGUAGAGACCAAGAGAAUCCAGCCACAGCUCCCUGAGGAAGAUGGUGAGCACAGUGACAAAGAAGAUGAACAGCCCCAAGUGGUGGUUUUAAAAAAGGGACACCUGUCAGCUGAAGAAGUCAUGAAGAUUAAAGCGGAAAUAAAGGCUGCCAAAGCAGAUGAAGAACCACCUCCAGCCGAUGGGAAAAUUAUGUAUCGAAAACCAGUUAAGCGUCCCUCAGAUGAAAAAUAUUCAGGUUUAACAGCAAGCUCCAAAAAGAAGAAGACAAAUGAAGAUGAAGUCAAUAAGCAGGACUCAGUUAAAAAGAACUCACAGAAGCAAAUAAAAAACAGUAGCCUCCUUUCUUUUGGCAAUGAAGAUGAAGAUGAGUAAACAUUUUGAGCUCAGACUCCUUUGAAAGUAUGAGGUGCUUUUCAGAUAACUUUCUCCUAUUACAAAGAUACUAUAUGUUCAUUCUAGAAAAUACAGGAAAAACUAGUAAAAUGAAAACUAAGUCCAUCCAUUAAUACACCUCUGCCUUGAAAUGCCAGCUCUGCGGAAGUUAACUCCUGUUAAUGUUUUGUUAUUCCCCAUAUGUGGGUGUCUUUAUAUGUAAAUUAUAUUUUUGAAACAUAUUUGAUGUUGUAUUAUGAACAUUCUCCUACUUCUCAUUUAACAUUACAUUGUGAGCAUUUUCAAAAUGUAAAUUCAAGGGGCUGGCAUUGUGGCAUAGCAGGUAAAGUGGUGCACCACCUGUGACGCCAGCAUCCCAGAUGGGUGCGGGAUCCUGUUCCAGCUGCUCCACGCUGAUCUAGCUCUCUGCUGAAGGCCUGGAAAAAGCAGCAGAAGAUGGCCUGAGUGUUUGGGCCCCUGCCACCUUGUAGAAGACGUGGAUAAAGCUCCUGGCUCCUGGCUUCGGCCUGGCCUUGUCCUGGUCGUUAUGGCCAACUGGGGAGUGAACCAGUGGAUGGAAGAUCUCUGUAUCUCCCUCUCUCUUUGUAACUCUUUCAAAUAAGUACAUCUUUAAAAAUGUAUAUUAUGGCCGGUGCCGUGGCUCAACAGGCUAAUCCUCUGCCUUGCGGCACCGGCACACCAGGUUCUAGUCCCAGUCGGGGCGCCGGAUUCUGUCCCCGUUGCCCCUCUUCCAAGUCAACUCUCUGCUGUGGCCCAGGAGUGCAGUGGAGGGCGGCCAUUGGAGGGUGAACCAACGGCAAAGGAAGACCUUUCUCUCUGUCUCUCUCUCUCUCACUAUCCACUCUGCCUGUCAAAAAUUAAAAAUAAAAAAAAAGUAUAUUAAAAAUUACAUUUUGUCAUGUCAGUAAAUUUCAAAACCCUGACAUUAAUAGUUAGAGAAUUUCAUAAACAGCUUCCCUAUUGUAUGCUCCUCAUUAGUGGAGCUCCACUGUGGGUUGGGGAGAUGAUUUUAUGUGCCUGGUUAAGAAGACCUCCCCCAGCUCCUACCAAGUGCGCUGUGUGCCUCUGCUUCAUAAAGCUCCUGGGGGUGUACACACAGGACUGGCCUGGCAAGCAUGAGCCUUUCCCUCGGCCUCUAUCCUGUCUGGAGUACAGACAUGGGUAUGUCUGAUGAUUUCCUUAGAGUGAACUGCUAGAAGUUAAACUACUGGGUCAAAUUUAAAUAUUUGUAUAGCUGUUGAUAUUUAUUCCCAUAUUGCUUUCAGAGAAUUUUGCUGUUACUCUCUUAUGCACUAUCUGUAAGAGCCCACUUCGUAUCCAUGUUAGUAGUGCACUAGUCUUGUUGGUGCCAGGCUUUCAAGUUUGGUGAAUUGGAUAAACUGAGAGUAGCAUUUCACAUAGUUAAACUGCUCUACCAGGAGAGACUGAACUCUUUCCUACAUUAAUACACCAUUUUAUGUUUCUUUCUUUUUUUUUUUUUUUAAGAUACUCUUUCCUACAUUAAUGAAAGAGAGAGAGGUCUUCCAUCUACUGGUUCACUCCCCAAAUGGCUGCAGUGACUGGACUGGGACAGGCCAAAACCAGGAGCCAGGAGCCUCUUCUGGGUCUCCCAGGAGUUUGUAGGGGCCCAAGGGCUUGGGCCAUCUUCCACUGCUUUCCCAGGCCAUGGCAGAGAGCUGGAUCAGAAGUGGAGCAGCCAGGACUCAAACCAGCACCCAUAUGGGAUGCCAGCACUGUAGGUGGCAGCUUUACCUGCUAUGCCACAGCACCAGCUCCAUUAUAUUUCUUUUUUUAAUUAACUUCUUGGUCAUUUUCUACCAUCAUAGUCCUUAUUUUCUUACUAAUUUGUAACUUAUGUAAUCUAUCAAUCUUUCGUUCUGGCUCUCAGCCACUUUGUCAAAUAAAGAAUACUUUUUUUUUUACAUUUUAAACUUUAUUCCACUUAGAAUUAUUUUUCCUCAAAUCAUCAAUUGUCCUAGAACCAUAUCUAUUCCUCAUUUAUUUGAAAGACAUUAGAAUGCAGGAUUGGGGUUUUGGGGUAAAGAAGGGAGGGAAGCCUUAUAAAGCCUGAGCCAUUCCUUAUGAUUCCUCAAGACCCUGAUUAAUCCUAACAAUUCUCAUUAAUAAUCAACCGAAACUGGAGGCUUGUUACGAUCCCAUCCUUCACUGGCUACAUCCAUCUGAAGUUAAGAGUCUCAGAGCAUCCUAUCAUGAAUUUAGUGCCCCCAUCUCUACUUUAGGUACCUGAUGUAAAGAAUACCCAAAAGUGGUACACGUCAGGACAGCGCCAUGGUGUAGUAGGCUAAACCUCCACCUGCAGCGCCAGCAUCCCAUAUGGCCACUGGUUCGAGUCCCAGCUGCUCCUCUUCUGAUCCAGCUCUCUGCUAUGGCCUUGGAAAGCAGCAGAAGAUGGCCCAAGUCCUUGAGCCCCUGCAUCCACAUGGGAGACCUGGAAGAAGCUCCUAGCUCCUGGCUUCAGAUUGGCCCACCUCCGGCCGUUGGGGCCAUUUGGGGAGUGAACCAGCAGAUGGAAGACCCUUCUGUCUCUCCUUCUUUCUCUCUGUAACUCUACCUCUCAAAUAAAUAAAAGCUUAAAAAAUGUGCUGCAUGUGGGUCCAGAGUCCAUCUACAUCACACCAUCCUGAAUUCAUGCUGCAAUACUGUCUUUAAUGUAUGCUCACUUGUUAUGUAAGCCAGAGGUCCUCCUUGCCCCAUCUGGUCAUUGCUACAUCCAUUCUUGUCAAAUUAUACUGCUUUAAUUACUGUAAAUUGUUAUGUCUCUGUCUGGAGAUGGCAAUCUUGAAGGCAUGGACAUUGUCUCAUUCAUCACCAUGUCCACCUUCAGGACCCACAACAGUAGCUGGUAUAUUAAACAUAAUAAAUACACUUAGAAUGGAUGAGAGUGU